AUGUCACAAUCUUUAAUGUCUGCUGCCAAUCACUUAGUGGCAAUUGUCCCUAACUCUGGCGAUGCCCAAAAAUCCAUUGAAAAAUUUAGAACUAUAAUGACUAAAGGAUUCGCAGACAUGGAAACCGAAGCUAAUAAAAUUGAGGAUAUCGUUCGCAAAAACGCUGACCCGAAAUUGGUUGAAAAAUACGAUGACUUAGAGAAGGAGCUUAAAAAACAAAUAAGUACUGCCAAAGAUCUGUUCGAAGAUAAAAUCGGCAAGCCCAUCAAUGAAAAGUUAGAUGUAAAGCAAAUCACCGAAAGCUUAACCAGAACUACCAAAGAUAUAGAAGCUAUCGUGAACAAGGCCAUCGAUGAUGGAUUCAAGAAACCAUGA